AUGCCAGGACGCAUCAGUGUAUCUUUAUAUGAUGAAACAAAAGGCCAAAGGAACGUUGAUGACAAAUCAGAUAAUUAUCAGAUUCUUCGAUAUCCAUGCAGUAGCAGCACACAAGUAUGCACACCAUAUGUUGUUAGAUUGUCACGCGGAAUUUAUAAAAUUGAGCUUUUUGGUGCCUCAGGCGGCUACCCAAACAAUGAUCCCAAUCUUGCAGGUCGCGGUUCAUACACCAGCGGCCACUUAACUGUUUCCCAAGAAAUGACACUGUAUGUAUACCUUGGUCAACAAGGCAAAUUAAACGGUCCUCGCACAUUUAAUGGUGGUGGGCGAGGCUCUAUAAAAGCUGGAUCAAGCGGUGGCUCCUCUGACAUCCGAUUAGUUGCUGAUGAGUGGAAUAAUUUUGAAAGUCUAAAGAGCCGAAUAAUGGUGGCUGCUGGGGGUGUAGGGGGCCACAAACAUGUAGGGUAUAUCACCGGAACUCACGGUGGAAAUCUGACUGGAUUUGACGGAAUUCUAACAAUUGAUUCUGAAUGUUUUCCACUAGAACCUGCCGUAAAGGCAUUUGCCGCAACACAAGAGCAUGGCGGAAUAGGCGGGAGAAACAACGAAUAUUCAGCAGAUGAUGGAAAAUUCGGGAUCGGUAGCGAUCCCAUUCAAGUUGAUCUAAGUUAUACCUCUGGUGGAAACGGAAGCUAUUUUGGCGGUGCUGGAAGUGCCAAGGCUAAUUGUCAUGUUGGAGUAGGAUCUUCAGGAUCAUCGUUCAUAUCUGGACAUGAAGGAUGUAAUGCGAUUCUGAAUACAUCAACAUCGCAAAAUACCAUUCAUCUCUCAAAUCAAAGCAUCCAUUACUCAGGAAUUUUCUUCAGUUCCACAAUCAUUAAGAGCGGAUAUGAAUCAUAUCCAUCUCCAUCAUCUUCUGAUUAUUCUAUUCCCCGUGGCAAUAUCGGUGAUGGAUUUGCAGUAAUUUCAUUUCUCUCAUAUGACAUAUGCACAUGCAAAAUAAUUGCAUAUUCAUAUCAUAUUUUCCUUUUAUUUGAAAUAUUCAUAUCAUAA